GCAAGUUGCUGUCUCGCGCCAACAUUGCCCCCUCCUCUAACCAUGUUCCUUUGACGUCCGUAGCAACAAGCGUGCCAGAGCACACCACGGACCGCCAUCAUGUCGUCGAAGCUCACUACCGACGUCGACAAGCGCCUUCUCCGCACAACGCAGUUUCCGCCCGAGUUUAACCAGAAGGUGGACAUGACCAAGGUCAAUGUUCCAGUCAUCAGGACGUGGGUCAACAGCGAGAUUGCCACUAUCCUCGGCAACGACGAUGAUGUGGUGACCGAGACCAUCUUUAACCUUAUAGACGGGCCGCGCUACCCUGACAUCAAGGCUUUGCAGAUAUCCCUCAAUGGCUUUCUUGACAAGGACGCACCGAAGUUCUGUCACGACUUAUGGAAGUUGUGCUUGAGCGCGCAAAGUAGCGGCUCGGGCGUGCCGAAGGAGCUGCUGGAGGCGAAGAAGGCGGAGCUUGUCCAAGUCAGGGCCGAAGAAGACAAGAGGCGCGAGGAAAUACGGAAACGCCGCGAAGCCGAGCGUAAGCGCGAAGAAGAGCUCGAGGAGCUUCGUGAGAGGGAGCGCAAUGAGCGCCGAGGUAGAGGCGGACGUUACGGUCAUGGCUCCGAUCGUCGUCCGCCAAGACGAGAUUCGAGGUCACCGCCUCCUAGACGUCGUGACGAUGACGAUAGCUACAGACCACGAGCUUCUACCGACUCCUACAUACCCGGCAGAGACCGUGAACGCCGUCGGUCUCCGUCACGCAGUCGAACACGCUCACCACCACCGAGACGCCGCCACCGCCGCCGAGAGACACGGUCGCCAUCACGUUCCUCACCGCCUCCGACCCGCCGUCGGCGAAACUCAUCGUCUGAGUCGCAGUCUCCUCCGCCCAAGCGCAGAAGAUCCGACUCUAGAUCACCUUCACGCUCUCCACCACGCAGGAAGCGUAGCACUGACCGCCCGACCAUGCGCGACCAUGGUGUGGAGCGGAGAUCAAUCAGGCGUGGUGACACAUACCGCAGAUCCCGCUCUCCAAUUCAUAGACGCCGCUCACGUUCGCCCAGGCGCGACCGCCGCAGGUCAUCGUUACGCGAAGCCGACAGCCGCUCGCCACCACCAAAACGCACUCGCCGUGCCUCACCGCCUCGUUCUCGCUCACCGCCGCGCAAGAAGCGUGCCGAGCUUGUAUCCACCGAUCUCAUGUCCGCCAAGCGCCGCAACGAGCCAAGGCUUAGCCGCGAACCAUCGAGCGACACGCCAGCUGGUGCUGAGGUGGGUGAUUCCCAGAGUGAAACCUGAUGAUAGCACAGAUAGCGUACAUACUAUUCGAAUCCCAGGUCAUGCUGACAUGCCUAGCACGGCUUCAUCAUCCGCCGCGCAGCAUCAUCCCACGCUCAUUUUUCUUCCACGCUGAAUGCCUAUCAACCGGCACAGCAGCUUAUGGCCCCGGCUCAACCUGGGGAUCGUCCGACAGACCUACCACCGAGGAACAUCCGCUUGGCGAACGAGCUGCGUGGCAAGCUUCUGAAAGAGAAGUGGCUGCGCGACAACAAGCGCCGAGACAGCGUUUUCAGUAAGUGAACUUCUCUUGCAUUCCCAAGGCCAUUGGCAAACGACAGACAGUGGUUGGAGAGGAUGGUAGCUUGCAAAUAGUAUAGGAAGCUGAGAGUAUACUCCUACCUUGAUGACGAACCCUGUUCAAUUGCUCGUCCAUAGCAUCUCAUCACCGACAAUGCAGCUUCAAGGUAGGUUUGUGGUUCU